CUCUCGGAUGCUGGCUCUUGCCUUCCUCCUCUCGCACACUGCGCUGCCGGACCAAACGCUUCGGAGGGUGGAAUGACCGACAACCCGCUUUGCAUGGUCUGAAUUUUGGGGAAAUCGCACGUCGGAAAGGAGGGGAGUCAAGAGGGAAAAGGGAGGCUCUCCAUCCCCCGAGGGAAUUUAUUUUACAGAGGUAUGCCAGUGCCUGAGGUGGCGUCUAACAUUGCCAGUGCUGCCGCCAUGUUGAGCCCCGUCCUCAACGCCUCCAACGGAGAUGGAUCCGAGUCCGAAACCACCUCCGCCAUCCUCGCCUCCGUCAAGGAGCAGGAGUUGCAGUUUGAACGUCUGACCAGGGAGCUGGAAGCAGAGCGGCAGAUCGUUGCCAGUCAGCUGGAGAGAUGCAAGCUUGGCUCUGAGACCGGAAGCAUGACUAGCAUCAGCUCAGCAGAUGAGAAAUUUCGCUGGAACAACCAAGAUGGACACAAGGAUAUCGAGGAGGAGCUGACGACAGGCUUGGAGCUGGUGGACUCCUGCAUCCGAUCGCUCCAGGAAUCAGGCAUCUUGGACUCGCAGGACACUAUUGGAGACAGACAAGGACUUCUGUCCCAAAGCGCUUUGCAGCUCAACCACCAGGAUGCCUAUGCAGCAGCUGGUUACCAUAGUAACCACGGUCUUGCACUUGGGGAAUCGGUCAUGGGCCGUGGCGGGCAGAUUGGAGGGGCUGUUCACAGCUACAACCAGGUGACAUCCAGCCGUGCAGCUGCCCACUUAGUGGGAACUGACUCUCCCUCCCAGUCACAGAGAGACUCAUUUGCCCAUGGCAGCGCCUUCCACAUGCCCGCUGAUGGAUCUUCACCUGGCGGACCACCCAUGUAUUACUCCUGUGCCACUUUGCCCGCACAGCGUGUGAGCUCCCCUCUACAGGCGGUGGGAUCCCCCACCAAGCUGCAGCGCCUGGGAUCAGCAUCCUCCGACAUGCCCAGUUACGCCACGCUACAGAGGGUGUCCUCACCCAAACAGUCCCCAAACCGGCUCGCCAAGUCCUACAGCACUUCAUCACCCAUCAACAUGGUAGCAUCGGGUGCCGCUGGCUCCUCCUCCCCCCUCCCCAUGACAGCCUCCCCAGGGAACCACAGCUCGUCGCCCAUCCACCAGCUCAGCUCAGUGGUGGGCAGCUACGCCACCCUGUCACCCACCAAGCGCAUGCUGCAUCACAUCGGACCAGACGGCUACAAGAUUUCCCACGAGCUGUACGCCAACGCAACCCUGCAAAGGCCUGGUAGCCUGGCAGGUAGAGGCUCCAGAGGUUCCUACAGCAGCCAGCUCAGCCAGCUCAGUCACCUGGGCGCUGAGCUCCGACCCCUGCAGUCCCCUGAACACCACAUCGACCCUAUCUAUGAAGACAGAGUCUACACCAAACCCAACCUUAGAGGACAAGCCCCAUCUUCCCCUGGUGUCGACCCAAUCCCCUUGCAGCGAACAGGAAGCCAGAGCGCCGCGGGAACCUUUCAGAGAGGCAGCUUUGCCGCAGGAGGCGGGGCUGCUGACUAUGGAAACCCGUACCGCACUCUGCAGUUCUGCCCAUCCACCGAAUCGCCUUACAGCAAGUCGGGCCCAGCACUCGCCCCUGAGGCCACCCUAGGCCGGUCUCCAUCGGUGGACAGCAUCCAGAAGGACCCAAGGUACGACCCAGAAUUCCUUGUGUGGAAUCAAAAUCAAGCCGAGCAAAGAAUGACAAAGGAGUUUGGCUGGAGGGAUCCAGAGCUUCCAGAGGUCAUUCAGAUGUUGCAGCAUCAGUUCCCAUCAGUCCAGUCCAACGCUGCUGCUUACCUCCAGCACCUCUGCUUUGGAGACAACAAGAUCAAAUCUGAGAUCCGGCGACAGGGUGGGAUCCAGCUGCUGGUGGACCUGCUGGACCACCGGAUGACGGACGUGCACCGCAGCGCCUGUGGAGCCCUGAGGAACCUGGUGUACGGCAAGGCCAACGACGACAACAAGAUCGCCCUGAAGAACUGCGGAGGCAUACCGGCUCUGGUCCGACUGCUGCGGAAGACCACAGAUGUGGAGAUCAGAGAGCUGCUCACAGGUGUUUUGUGGAACCUGUCGUCAUGUGACGGCCUGAAGAUGCCCAUCAUCCAGGACGCCCUGGCCGUGCUGACCAACGCUGUGAUCAUCCCCCAUUCGGGCUGGGACACCUCCCCCCACACCCAGGAGGACCGCAAGCUGCUCCUCCACUCCUCCCAGGUCCUCCGCAACGCCACCGGCUGCCUGCGGAAUGUGAGUUCUGCAGGUGAGGAGGCCCGGAGAAGGAUGAGGGAGUGUGAGGGUCUAACAGACGCUCUGCUUUACGUCAUCCAGACCGCUCUAGGGAGCAGUGAGAUUGACAGCAAGACCGUGGAGAACUGUGUGUGCAUCUUGAGGAACUUGUCGUACCGUCUGGCUGCAGAGACAUCCCACAGCCAGCAGGGGGGGUCGGAGGAGCUCGACGGGCUGCUGUGUGACACUGGCGGGAAGGACGCAGAGAGCUCUGGAUGCUGGGGCAAGAAAAAGAAGAAGAAGAAGGGACAUGACCAGUGGGAUGGCGUCGGCCCAUUUCCAGACUUGGCGGAGCCCCCGAAAGGCAUCCAGAUGUUAUGGCACCCCACCAUCGUGAAGCCCUACCUCACGCUGCUGUCUGAGUGCUCAAACCCAGACACCCUGGAGGGAGCAGCUGGGGCUCUGCAGAACCUGGCUGCUGGCAGCUGGAAGUGGUCUGUGUAUAUCCGGGCUGCGGUGCGUAAGGAGAAGGGCCUCCCUAUCCUGGUGGAGUUACUGAGGAUAGACAACGACCGGGUGGUGUGUGCCGUGGCCACCGCGCUGAGAAACAUGGCUCUGGACGUCAGGAACAAGGAGCUCAUCGGUAAAUAUGCCAUGAGGGACCUUGUGCACCGUUUGCCCGGAGGCAGCAACAACAACAACACUAGUGGCAGUGGAGGCGGAGGAAGCAGCAACAGCAGUGUCCUGGCGGGAAAGACCAUGUCCGAUGACACCAUAACCGCUAUCUGCUGCGCACUGCACGAGGUUAUCACCAAGAACAUGGAGAACACCAAGGCCCUGAGGGACGCCGGCGGCAUAGAGAAGCUCAUUGGCGUCGCCAGGAGCAAAGGAGACAAUCCUAAAGUGGUAAAAGCAGCUUCCCAAGUCCUGAACAGCAUGUGGCAAUACAGAGACCUCCGCAGCCUCUACAAAAAGGAUGGCUAUGCCCAGUACCAUUUUGUCGGCUCUUCCUCCACGAUAGAGAGAGACAGACAGCGACCUUAUUCUUCCUCUCGUACUCCGUCCAUCUCUCCUGUACGGACUUCACCAAACAAUCGAUCAGCGAGCGCCCCUACUUCCCCAAGAGAGAUGAUGGCAUUGAAGGAGAGGAAGGCAGACUACGAGUCGACUGGCAAUGCUAGUUACCAUGGCAACAAGGGCGAGCACACAUCCCGGAAGGACGCCAUGAUGGGUCAAAUCCCCGGUGGGUCGUCCACGCUGCACAGAGGAGCAUAUGUGUCGCCUACCGAUGACCUGAAGUAUAAUCAGAUCUCUUCUCAAGGCCUGCCUUCAGAGCCCUACCCUCCAUUCCAAAACCCUCCCCCACCCGAUGGUGUCAACUACGAGGACCAGGCCUUCUACGAGAACCAGGUCCUCGCAGGAGGGCGCCCUCCCCAGGGUGACCUCAACAUGCACCUGCAGGGCCUCAAGUCCACCGGCAACUAUGUAGACUUCUACUCCGCCUCACGGCCCUACAGCGAGCUCAACUAUGAGACCAGCCACUAUCCGGCCUCACCAGACUCCUGGGUCUAAGGGGAGAUGAGGGUGGAGGGUUAGGAGGAGAGGAUGGAGGUGAAGUGGGGGGGUUUAAAUAUAGGAGGAGAAGAUGAGAGGACAGUUUCCCUCCAUCCCCAUCCUCCCCUGUGGUUCCUGAGUAGCAUCAUAGAUAGCAGGACAACGGAAGGGGAGGAUGGAGUGCAGGAAAAGUGAAAAACUGAGACAGUCCUUUCAGAGACAUCUGAGGGAGGAGGGGAAGGGGACAAAGGAGGACCAGAAGCAAAACGGAGGAGCGGCCAUGCAUGUGCAUGUACACCACCAACAAAACUGACAGACACAUUUUCUUUCUGUGUUUAGUUUGCGAUCAACUACUGCUAGAAGGUUCAGCAGACAGAAAGACCUCCUGCACCUGAAGGCCUCUGGAUACAGAAUGUAAGAGGGAGGGAUAUGAGGGAAGAGAGAGAGAGAAGGAAGAAGUGGAUAUGUGGAGAAGAAGAAGGACAAUGGAAGAAAAAAAAUGAAUCAGUGGACUCAAGAAAUGGACAUUUUUGGAUUGUGAAUGGAACGUGUGAAAGAUACCCAGGAGAAAGCUGUAUAUAUGUGGUAUAGCGUCAUGGCUUUUAGUAAUGUGAAGCACAAGAAGCAGAGCUGUAAGACAUGUAGGACGUCUGUCACACACACCUUUGUUUCUCUCUAUGGCUUCGGCGUGAUGUAUCCUCCUCUGGGCGAAGAACGCCUCAGGACUUUGUCAUUUGUAACAGGUUUUUAAUUUUCUUUUGUUGUGUUUCUACUUUUUUAAUUCUGGUUGUAUAGUAUUUGACGUACACUGUACAUUUACGGAGAUGCAUUGUGUACUGUACAUUGCACUAUUUUCUGUGUCAUGUCAGGCCUUUCGCCAUUUGGUCAACCUUCACUUCCUCAAUAACUCUCCCCCAAAAAACAGAAAGAAAAAUACACACACAAUAUCUGCACUCCCAUAAUUCAUAUCACAGCAACAGACAGAUGUCAACAUGUCAAAUAUUGGAUAUGAAUGGGUAUUAAGGCAUCAAUUCUGAUAGGUCAUGGUGCUCUUUUAACUGCCCUAUGGAUGGAUUUCACGUUAUUACUGACCUUUAACAUUUAAGCAGCUUUUUCUGUGACAAUACUCACAUUUUUUGAGGCUAGCUUUCGUUUAUUGGCGGCUAUCUCGUCACAUUUUCACCCCCUAAAUCCUCGUGUUGUUCCCAUGAGCGCCUCCUUUGAGUGAACUGUGCUCAUUGUGUAUAUAACCGUGCCAAACAAGGGUUGCUUCCCCUCAUCUGUAGAAGGGGGAAGGUUAGGGGCGUGUUAAAGGGUCCAAGUUCAGCUGAACAUCCUUGCGGUUCUAACAAUGCCAGUUUGUAAAUGCUUUGGUUUUUCUAAACUGUGUUUUACUGGGAUGAAACCUGCCUAACUGCACCAGGACUGGAGAGAAAACAUAAAAAGAAGAAAAAAAACGACAAAAAAAUAAGAUCACGGAGGGACUGUGACGGGGGCGGAGCUAGGCUUCCCCCAAAGUUGUACAAAAUUAGUUGAUUUCUGUGUUGUAAAAUAAUCAAUGUUUGAAGUACAAAAAAAAACUUUUCUGAGAGAUGGGUGGCAAUUCUAACUUCAUGGUAGACAAAACUGUUAAUAGAGUACGGAUAUAUAUUAUAUAAAUAUAAAUAUAUACUUUUUAUGUGCAGAUGUGAAUGUCACUUAUAGCAGCAACAUUAUGGAAAAAAGACUUGUAAAAAGAAAAAAAAACAGCUACAUGUAGGAAUUUUGUUCACAUUUUUUAUUUCCUGGUCAACACACUAAAUUGUCGACUUUGUGUAGUAAUGUUGUUGCUAUGUGAAAUAGAGUAGACCAGGGCCCAGGGAUCCACGUUGUCACUGAAGCAGUCCAAAAAGGUGCUACGUCCAAGUAUUUCCAACAUGUCUGUAUGUGCACAAAAUGUAUGUUCCCCAUUGAGAACCAUUGGUUAUCGGCCACAAAACAGGAAACAGUCACGAGUUUGAUUCUUGUAUUUCCCAUGCAUGAAAACACUAAGUUCUGAUUAAUUAGUCUAAUUAUGCUAAAUAGCAAAAGUCCACCCAUGAGUGCAUGAGUAUUUGUUGUUGGUAAAUCUGAAAACUAAAUGGUGAUUUUUUUAAAGUGAGAAUGGCUAAAUUGUUAUACGUGACAACAGACCCUGGUUCUCCCUACCCACUGCGUUUUAGAAAUCAUAGAGGUCAUCUUCUGAUGCUUGAAAAAGGACUCAUAAUGCAACAGUCCCCCACAAAAACACUGGAUGAACAGAUGUAUUGUGCUUGUGAGUAAGCAUCUGGAAACUGACAAUGUUAUGUAUGUCCUUGUGAUCCUUAGGCAGAAGAACCUAACUAUAAGACCUGUAUGGAGAUAUAACGUUGGUAACCUUUUUGUUGCUAGACCAAACGUGUUUUAAAAAGAGAAUUGUGAAUCUUUCUAUUGCCUCAAACAGAUUGCAACUGCUCCAAAAAAUAUAAACGGACCAUCGAAGAACCUCUGA